GAGUAAUACUGUGGUACCUUUAAGGAGUAAUACUGUGGUACCUUUAAGGAAUUUCAAAGGAAUUUCAGAAAUUUCAAAUAUCACGUACAGAUAACCAAAAGGAGGACUUUCUAUUUGAGAAGCUUAGCAGCCUCAGAGUGUAGAGCUUGGUGUGACAGGAGGAGCCUCCAACUUCGACAGUGGUAAAAUGGCGGAUAUGUCAGCGGAAGAGAUCACCAUGAGGGCCAACCAAGUGACCGAUGAGUCCUUGGAGUGCACCAGGCGGAUGCUACAGAUGGCCGAGGAGACCAGGGAGACUGGUGUCAACACCAUCGACAUGCUGGACCAACAGGGAGAGCAACUGAGACGUACAGAGGAGGGUAUGGACCAGAUCAACGAGGACAUGAGGAAGGCUGAGAAGAACCUGACUGACCUGUCCAAGUGCUGUGGCCUCUGUGUCUGCCCCUGUGACAGGGUGACAUCCAUAGAGCAUGAUUCUAAGUACAAGCGUACCUGGGGAACAGGUGAUGGUACAGGAGAGGGAGGGGAUGGCUCGGUGGUGUCCAGGCAACCCUCGGGCAUCCAUAACGGACUAGCCAACCAGCAGCAGCCCAUGGGGGGCUCUGGACCCUACAUCAAGAGGAUUACCAACGAUGCUCGGGAGGAUGAGAUGGAGGAGAACCUGGAUCAGGUGGGCAGCAUCAUAGGGAACCUGAAGAACAUGGCCAGUGACAUGGGCUCUGAGCUAGACAAGCAGAACAAACACAUCGACCGCAUCACAGAAAAGGCGGACAUAAACAAAGCACGUAUCGAUGAAGCCAACCAGCGAGCCAACAAGCUCAUCAAGUAGACCUACCUACCUGCUCCCGAUUUCAAAUCAUCCACCUUGAAUCUCUGCCUCAGCUUCCAUGUACAUCAACACUCCUCGCUCUCUCUCUGAGAACAAAGUAAAUCAACCAGGAUGAACCAACACCUACCACACGUGCCUUUUCUGUAAAUAUGCUCACACAACACUCUCUUCUACCUUUUUAGGACUAGUUCAAAGUUCCUUGCCUGGGUCCCAUCCCAAAUAUGUGACACAGUGAAUCACUUUUCAGGCGUUGUGAGAUCUGUGCCCAUAUUCAGAAAGCCUCUGAAUAGGAAUGCUGAUGUAAGAUGGUUUAUAUAUAUAUAUUCAUUCAGGCCCUGAUAGGCAGUGGAGGCUGCUGAGAGGAGGACGGCUCGUAGUAAUGGGAUAGUAUCAAACACAUGGUUUCAAUGUGCUUGAUGCCAUUCCAUCCACUCAUUCCAGCCAUUAUUUUUGAGCUGUCCUCCCCUAAUAUGUGCAGUGUGGCUGCCGAAAAUAUGACCUGGAACAUCAGAUUCUCACCGUCUGUUGCCCCCUGGUGGUCAUGGGGUGUCACAGCAGCUGUAUAUGCAGGGAAGUUAUAAGACAACAGCUCUUCAUAUCGUGUCAUUUGGCUCUUGUAACUACUGUUAUUGUUUGAAAUGUGCAUAUUUAAUUAUUCUUAUGAAGUAGAAAUGACUUGUGAAUAAAGUUAGGACCUAUACCCUUUGAAUUGAAAUAA